GCUGGAUGUGCAAUGCAGAGCGCGCCGGGGAAGCGCAGCUCUAAUCGCAAUGGGCUCGCGGAAGGGGAUUCUGCGCAUUGGAGACUCUACUAAUUGUCACCGGCAGGAGGAGGAGGAGGAGGAGGAAGGAGAAUGAGCCGUGUGUCUGCUGAGCAGGGCAUAGCGUGGGCUCUGCUGCCGAGAAGCGCCGGGCAGGACACGAGCCUGGAUUAGGGAGGCACCAUGCACAGGCUCCUGUACCUCAUCAUCCCCUGGAUCCCCUGGACUCGGGCUGAGGACAGCGCCAUGGAGGAGAUCACUACGGAGAAGGAGGCAGAGGAGAGCCACAGGCAGGACAGUGUGAGCCUGCUGACAUUCAUCCUGCUGCUCACCUUAACCAUCCUCACCAUCUGGCUCUUCAAGCACCGCCGGGCUCGCUUCCUGCAUGAGACUGGCCUGGCCAUGAUAUACGGUCUUAUUGUUGGGGUCAUUUUAAGGUAUGGCACCCCUUCCAGCAGCACCUACGAAAAAGCCAUCAGCUGCUCUCCUGAACAGAGGGCGUUCACAACACUCCUUGUCAAUGUCAGUGGGAAGUUUUUUGAGUACACCUUAAAAGGAGAAAUUAACCCUGAGAAGAUUCAUAAUGUGGAACAGAAUGACAUGUUGAGAAAAGUGACCUUUGACCCUGAAGUCUUCUUUAACAUUUUAUUGCCACCUAUUAUUUUUCAUGCUGGAUACAGUUUAAAAAAGAGACACUUCUUCCGAAAUAUUGGUUCAAUCCUCACCUAUGCCUUCUUUGGUACUGCAGUCUCGUGUUUCAUCAUUGGAAAUCUCAUGUAUGGAGUGGUUAAAUUAAUGCAGCUUGUUGGACAACUGAAUGGUAAAUUUUACUACACGGACUGUCUCUUUUUUGGAGCCAUCAUCUCUGCUACAGACCCAGUGACAGUCCUGGCAAUAUUCAAUGACCUGCGUGCAGAUGUGGACCUAUAUGCACUGUUAUUUGGGGAAAGUGUUCUUAAUGAUGCUGUAGCCAUUGUGUUGUCUUCGUCUAUAGUUGCUUAUCAGCCAACUGGUGAGAACUCUCACACGUUUGACGCAGCUGCCUUUUUCAAGUCUGUUGGCAUUUUUGUUGGCAUUUUCAGUGGAUCUUUUGCGAUGGGUGUUUGUACUGGUGUCUCCACAGCACUUGUAACCAAGUUUACCAAGCUGCACUGCUUUCCCUUACUGGAGACAGCCUUGUUCUUUCUGUUAUCUUGGAGCACAUUCCUCCUGGCUGAGGCAUGUGGCUUUACAGGAGUAGUCGCUGUUUUGUUCUGUGGGAUCACACAAGCCCAUUAUACAUAUAAUAAUUUGUCACCUGAAUCAAGAAAUAGAACUAAACAGCUCUUUGAGGUCCUGCACUUCCUGGCUGAAAACUUCAUAUUUUCAUACAUGGGCUUAGCACUGUUUACUUUCCAGAAACACGUAUUUAGCCCGAUCUUUAUUGUUGGUGCUUUUAUAGCUAUAUUUGUAGGCAGAGCGGCUCAUAUAUACCCCCUGUCGUUUUUUUUGAACCUGGGCAGAAGACACAAAAUUAGCUGGAAUAUUCAGCACAUGAUGAUGUUUUCAGGCCUCCGAGGAGCUAUGGCAUUUGCACUUUCAAUACGUGACACUGCUUCUUAUGCUCACCAGAUGAUGUUCUCGACUACUCUAUUGAUCGUCUUCUUUACUGUAUGGGUAAUAGGUGGUGGAACAACACCCAUGUUGUCUUGGCUUAAUAUCAGAGUUGGUGACCAUAACCCAUCGUUGGAGGAUAUGAACCUUAGUCGUUGGCAGUAUUUCAGGGUUGGUGUUGAUCCAGAUCAAGACCCGCCUCAAACUAAUGACAGUUUUCAAGUAUUACAUGCAGACAGUGGAAUUUCAAAUGGAGUAAGUCGCACAAAGCAGGAAAGUGUCUGGAUAUUUAGGCUUUGGUACAGCUUUGAUCACAACUAUCUCAAGCCAAUGCUGACGCAUAGUGGUCCUCCUUUAACUUCAACUCUACCCAGCUGGUGUGGUUUGGUGGCCAGGUGCUUUACAAGUCCACAGGUCAAUAAUAGCCCAGAGCAGCUGAGGGAGGACGAUGCAGAUUUCAUCCUUAAUGAUGGUGACCUGACAUUAACUUAUGGGGACACCACCAUAACAGCCAAUGGCUCAUCUGGCUCCCACACAGCUACCACAAGCCUAGAUGGCAGAAGAACAAAAAGCAGUUCAGAGGAGGCAUUGGAACGUGAACUGGGAGGAGACUAUGAAAUCACGAACAGGGGAACCAGAUUAGUGUUUCCUCUAGAAGAGAAUGCAUGACAUCAAGUGCAAGUAACCCAAUCGAGGGAAAGAUGUACAACCAUAUGUGGUACUAGAAGCAUCUCAGGCCCAGUGUGGUGGUGAAGAGUUGGGUACAGUUCCCACACUAGAAAUAUGACCAUUCCUAUGGUACUGUCGGAGAACCUACAAGACUAUUUUAAUUCUUCAUCCUGUAUGGAAACUGAGAGUCUUUAGAUAUGGCACACAAAUCUGCAAUAUAAUUUGGCUGUGGUUCUAUCCUUGCCUGCUCCUCUUCUUUCCAGUAGAAACCUAAAUUGCUUAAUCCCAUAUAUUUGUAAGGUAAAUGUGACUGCUUUUCCCCAUCCUGUUUAACUAGCAGCUUUCAUUAAUAGCGAGGAGAAGCCUCAUUUGGAAAGUGCCUGUCAUUAAAAGAGCAAGUGGCAAUGUUGUGGUGACAGGAAGUGUAAACUAAGAUUUUUACAAUUCUUGUACAAUACAGUAUAUAGCAUCUGAACUGCAUGGCAACAUGAACAGUUUACAUAAAGAAUAAGAUUAUUUUUGUUUUUUUAUGAUUUUGUAUAUUUAGGUUAAUGUAUGUUCAAUGAUAAAGCAUGGCUAGUAAAUGUACAAAUUGUAUGUAGUGAAACAAUCUUACAUAUUCACAAAUAUGACCUAGGCUAGUGAAUCUGUGCAGUGCACAAUUCCGUAUUUAAUGUUCAUUUAAGUGCUGCUCUUCCGACAUACACUGUAUUUAUAAGUCUGAGCUCAAGCACAAUGGCUUAAAGCAUAAGUCCAAAGUUGUAAGCCCACGCAAUCUUUAGUUCCAGCAUAUGGAGACAUAAGCCACGCUGGGCAGUACAGUUGCAAAGUUCCAUGCAGGAGGUCUUUUCUGAUAAAAGGUAUUCGUGCACGGAACUUCGCUGAACGUGGUUUGGUUGCCUCGGCGACUGCACCGCCCAGCGAGGCCUGCGUCUCCUCAUGCUGGAACUGAAGAUCAUGCAAGUGCUCAACUUUGGACUUGCACUUCAAGGAGCAAUUUCACCAUAGCAUAUAAAAGAACAGAGUGUAUACCUGUGAAGACUGCGACGUGGAAGAUGCUUGAAAUGUAAAAAUUGACUCCAUGUUGUGUGUUUCUUCUAGGUUUGAAGUGCAAUAUUUUAAAGCCUGUAAACUGACAUAAAGUUGUACAUUAGUUUAUUAAAACAGACGCUAUAAAUG